AGAGGCAAUCGACGGCUAUCAGGUUGGGACAAUAUUUGUCAGCUAACAGAUAAGCAAACGCUGUCUCUCUCUCCCUAUAUAUUUUGCUUAUACCACAGAAAUGGACGUCAAAAGGCGCCUGCUAUUGGUCAGCCCAUGAUCAGAUGGUUGUAUUUCCUUGUGUCCCUCGCUGGCACCACGCCAUCUCCCUUCAGCUAAAACCCAAUCUCCGAUAUACUACUAAUAGCUAAACCACUUGGACUAUAAAACACAACAAAUCAUAAAGCCGGGAAAGGACGGCAGGCUCCUUCCAAUGAGUUCUUAUUUUGUCAACUCGACCUUCCCGGUGAGUCUGGCGGCGGGGCAGGAGCCCUUCCUGGGACAGAUCCCGUUAUAUCCCUCGGGCUAUGCGGAUCCUUUGAGGCACUACCCCAGCACCUAUGGAGCCACGGGAGUCCAGGAGAAGGGCUAUGCCUCCUCUCCCUACUACCAGCAAAGCAACGGAGCCUACAGCCGCAGCUCCGCCUGUGACUAUGGGGCCGGCGGCUUUUUCAGGGAGAAGGACCCUGCGUGCCCCCCCCCCAACCUGGACGAGGUCCCCUUCGCCCCCGAGCCGCGCAAGUCGGACUGCGCGCAGAGCAAAACUGUGUUCGGAGAAAGCGAGGAGCAAAAGUGUUCCGCCCCGGUUUACCCCUGGAUGCAGCGGAUGAACUCUUGCAAUAGUUCUUCUUUCGGGCCCAGCGGCCGCAGAGGCCGUCAGACUUACACCCGCUAUCAAACCCUGGAGCUGGAGAAGGAAUUUCAUUUCAACCGCUACCUGACCCGGCGCCGGCGGAUCGAGAUCGCCCAUUCUCUCUGUCUGACGGAACGGCAGAUUAAGAUCUGGUUCCAGAACCGUCGGAUGAAGUGGAAAAAAGAGAACAAACUGCUCAGCUCCUCGCAGCUGAGCGCGGAGGAGGAGGAGGAGAAAACGGCGGAGUGAAAGGAGCGUUUAAGAAAGAAAGGAGUGAGGGAGCGAGUGGGUGCGUGUGAGAGCCAGGAGGAGGAUGAGGGGUUGGUGUGGGGCUGGCUGCGAGGAAGGGAAAACGCGCACAUUGGUGGGACAAGAGCUCUGCAGAGAACGGCGACAGCAACAUAAAAAAGUUUGGGCCACCAAUGCCAUGGACUCGUGUUCCCAAUAUCUGUCGUGUCCAGAACAAACAAAAAUCAGGCUUCUAUAGUUGCGUUUUUUUUUCUUCCUAGACUUCCCUCCCCAUCCCC